AAUGUUUUUGCGCCACACAGCUCGACAACUGCGCCAGGCCGCGCGCUCGGCGGCGUCGCGCUCGAGCCUCGUUGCACGACCGUGGUCGAUGCAGCCCCGUACUGGCAUGCGCUUUAUGUCGUCGUCUUCGGCGCCGGCGCCCGAAGAGCCCACGAACCCGCUGGCCAAGGCCUUUGAGGACAAGGAGCGCUUCUUCGAUUGGGACCUCGUCGACAUCUUUGCCCAAGACGUCUCGCUGCUCGGGAAGAUGGCCAUGUUUGUGCAGCUGCACGCUGCCAAGCCCCACGCCAAGACGCCGCUCGACGUGCCAGACUUUAUGGACGGCGCCAAGAGCGCGAUCGAGAUGAUUCUCCGCACGGUGUACACGCCCGCGUUCUUUGCCGCGGCGCUGGACCCGGCGGUCGAGAACGACGAGGUGAAUCUCCUGCGCUCCGUGAUGGGCCCCAAGUGCGUCGAGACGCUCAUGAUGGGCUUCUCAGAGCUCGCCAAGGCCGGCUGCACCAAGUUUGACUUGACGGAUCUCGAAGUCAAGAACGUCGGCCUCUCGAAUGUGCUCCUCAAGGACGGCGACGACGAAGCGACCAAGAGCGUGCUCCUGCAGGUUGAAUUCACGAUGGUCGAGCACGUCACGACGACAAUGAAGGGCGAGGAUGGAGUUGAGACGCAAAAGGACAACGUCCGCGACGCCGACUGUACAUGGGUUUUUGAGAGCGACAUUGUCAACGGCGAGCCCACUGCUUGGACCGUCGUCCAGAUUGCUUAAUGCAUUCUACACCUUUUCUUGUGCGA